GGAGGUGGGAGUUUGGGGCCCCGGACGACUGGACGGGAGUGGGUCCCCCAGGGUGGGGCAGCAAGUGAGGGAAACGGAGAUGAACUCCAGACAUCCGUGCCUAGGGUCUGCUUCAAUCUUUGCUUUGGAUAGAAGCAGGGUGGGAUGGGACAGAAUCUCCACCUUUGUUUCCUAUCCACCCUCCAGUAAUGCGGAGAAACUCCCCAGGUCCCCCUGAAGGAUGGGUAAAGGGGUGCUGCAGGGGAACCCCAGAAGCAGCUGCUCUAGUCGAUCGGAGCUCAAAACUGGGAAGGAAAAUAUUGGGCGAGGGGUGAUAAGCCACCGAUAUCGCCUACCUCCCUCUCUUUCUCCGCCCCCUCCCCCCCCCCCAUUUUCGUAGCUGCUGACGCGCGGGUGGUGCCUAUUAAUCAUUCACCAGCCCACAGCCGCGGCAGUUAAUGGCUGUGCCGCGCGGGGCCCUAGUCUCCCGGCCUCUCCUCUCCACGUUCGCGUGUGCCCAGGUGCCCUGGAACGGCGAGCGGCUGCGCGCAGGCAGCCGCUGGGCGAUGCGCUCCGCCGGCGCCGGUGGAGCCGCGCUCCCUGCAGUCUCUGAGCGCUUCCCCCAGGCGCCCAGCGGCUGUGAGCUGCGGGCGAACGGCCGGGGUGCCAAGUGACAGCGCAAGCGGCGGGGGCGCUAGGAGAACGCCCCAGCCCUGGCAGCCCCAUCGGCCCCCAUCAGCUGAGAUGUUCCCCAAUGGCACCGCCUCCUCUCCCUCCUCUCCUAGCCCCAGCCCAGGCAGCUGUGGGGAAGGCGGCGGCAGCAGGGGCCCCGGGGCCGGAGCUGCAGACGGGAUGGAGGAGCCGGGGCGAAAUGCGUCCCAGAACGGGACCUUGAGCGAGGGCCAGGGCAGCGCUAUCCUCAUCUCUUUCAUCUACUCCGUGGUGUGCCUGGUGGGGCUGUGUGGGAACUCCAUGGUCAUCUACGUGAUCCUGCGCUACGCCAAGAUGAAGACGGCCACCAACAUCUACAUCCUCAACCUGGCCAUCGCCGAUGAGCUGCUCAUGCUCAGCGUGCCCUUCUUGGUCACCUCCACGUUGCUUCGCCACUGGCCCUUUGGCGCGCUGCUCUGCCGCCUCGUGCUCAGCGUGGACGCAGUCAACAUGUUCACCAGCAUCUACUGUCUUACUGUGCUUAGCGUGGACCGCUACGUGGCCGUGGUGCACCCUAUCAAGGCAGCACGCUACCGCCGGCCCACCGUGGCCAAGGUGGUGAAUCUGGGCGUGUGGGUGCUAUCGCUGCUUGUCAUUCUGCCCAUCGUGGUCUUCUCGCGCACGGCGGCCAACAGUGACGGCACGGUGGCCUGCAACAUGCUCAUGCCCGAGCCCGCCCAGCGCUGGCUGGUGGGCUUCGUGUUGUACACUUUUCUCAUGGGCUUUCUGCUGCCCGUCGGGGCCAUCUGCCUGUGCUACGUGCUCAUCAUCGCCAAAAUGCGCAUGGUGGCCCUCAAGGCCGGCUGGCAACAGCGCAAGCGCUCAGAGCGCAAGAUCACCCUGAUGGUGAUGAUGGUGGUGAUGGUGUUUGUCAUCUGCUGGAUGCCUUUCUAUGUGGUGCAGCUAGUCAACGUGUUCGCAGAGCAGGACGACGCCACGGUGAGCCAGCUGUCGGUCAUCCUCGGCUAUGCCAACAGCUGCGCCAACCCCAUCCUCUAUGGCUUCCUUUCAGACAACUUCAAGCGCUCUUUCCAGCGCAUCCUUUGCCUCAGCUGGAUGGACAACGCCGCCGAGGAGCCAGUCGACUACUACGCCACGGCCCUCAAAAGCCGCGCCUACAGUGUGGAGGACUUCCAGCCUGAGAACCUGGAGUCCGGCGGCGUCUUCCGUAAUGGCACCUGCACGUCCCGGAUCACUACUCUCUGAGCCCAGGGCCAAGCAGGAGCUUUGUACCAAGAGAAGGGGAGGAUGAGGAGAAAGGAAGGCCGGGUGCGAGAGGUGAAAGUAUCCCAGGAGUCAGGGUGCAAUGGGAAAAGCGGGGCUAGGACACUGCGCGCUUCUGGUGGAGACCCGGGAAAGGCGCGCGACAAAGGUGGGAUUGGACGCUUUGCUUAUAAACUGGGAAGACUAGCGGGCCCCUUUCUCCUCUUUCGCUUCUUCCUCCCCUGCGAUUGCACUUCUGCAUCCCUCUUUGCCCCUCCCUUGGCAAUUUCGGUCUUUCUUUCCGCCCCGUCCUACUGGUGCAGAUCGCGAACUUACUAACGUCGCCAGCUGAGCCUGACCCUCAGCCCCGCCAGCCGUCGUUUCUGUUUAAGCUGAGCCACGGUUACCGCCACGGGUUUCCCUCGGGAAAACCCAGCUAGCCCUCAGCCGUGCCCUGCAGGGCCCCUCGCUCGCCAGAUUCUGCUUGAUGCCUCUAGCGGAGUCUCGAGAACCACCACUCUCCCUUUCUGCAGCCCUACUUCAAAGGAAGUCAGACUUGAGAAGGAUCUCGGCAGCUGGUCCUUUCUCCCACCCUCGGGUGAAGGAAGGUGCGCACUUCGAUGAGCCCCUCCGCCCCUCCCACGGCACCCAGAGCGGAGCCAGGUGCUUAGUAAAAUCGGUCCCGUGCUUCGAACCCCAGGCAUCCUGCAGUCCUUAUCCAAAGCCCACUUUGGAGCAAAAAGGAGCUGAGAACAAGCGACUAGGGGGUUUUAAAAGAUUCUGGGCUUUGGUGGGGGAGGAGGGCUUGUAAUGGAAGCCAUCCUCCCGCCCGGUUGACAAACGGCUCUUUUAGUUUCAAAGACCAAGAGCUGGGCACUCCCGGGGCGCUGGUCUGCAUUAGGCCAGGAAGGACAGGGCGCACUUUCCCCGGGGGCCGCCCGGGAGCUUGGCUGCAGCUCCACUAGGCUUUCUCCUUCACCCAAGCUUCUGGAGGUGCACAUCCAAGAGUAACGACAGGCACCGGGCCGGGACCUCAGGUGACGGCUUCCCAGUCUCGGCUGAUCUGGACCGCGUUGCCGCCACCUGCAGGUAGAGGGUGCGGCCUGCCCGACCCCUGAGGGCUGCUGCCUUUCAAGCGGUGCCUAAUAGGUUAUUUUCUUGCUUAACGUAUUUAUUUAUUUAUUUGUGGUGUUUGAAAAAAUGUGUCUCUGCUUUCCUCUUCUCCACUUGCCUAGCCCAGGGCCUCUUCUUUGGGACACUGGCGAUGGGGCGGGCGCGGAGGUAGCAGUGGGGAAGGCUCUCUCCCCAGGGUCCCAUCCAAGCCUCUCCUUUGUGCUAGGCCCUCUUUUCUUAUCCUUUCCUCUAGCCUUUCUAUUUUUGCUUGUGUUCAGUGAAGUUUGGAGAGUUUUUCGUACUUUUCUUAUGUAGUCUCUUGUUUGUCUUAUAAUAAAUAAAUAACGUGGGUUAGCCUUCUCCCAUGCAGAGUGGAAAGUCCCAAACUCCUAGCUUUCAACAUCACCCUACAUAUGAUUUGAAUAUAUACUAUAUUCAAAUAAUAUAUACUGUACUCAAACCAUAAUAUACUCACAUACUAUAUAUAUUUGUUUAUCUUGCUCCCUUAUCAUGAGUCCGUGAAACAAUUGCCAAAUACAGUCACUAACAGUGGCAGAUGUGAGACUGGCUAGAACACUUUCAGAUACGAGGGUUCAAGCAGCCCUCAGACUUAGAACUCAGAAAUCUGAUUCAGACAGACUUUAAUCUGUGCCGAGGAUGCCCCUGCUUAUGUCCCUGCUUCCUCUCGGUUCCAGCAUAGGUGAUUCUAACAUACAAUCUAGUUAACGUCAUCACUUCUUUUGAAGACAUUGAAAGUAGAGUAAUUUGUGUCUGUGUGUAAUCUGACCACUUCGUUGGAAGCCUGAGCAGGGCAAGGACCAAUAAUUUUUACUUCUUUGUGUUUCCUGUAUUGCUUUAGGAUGCUGGCUUGUACAUAGUAGGCACUAAAUACAUGUUUGUUGGUUGAUUGUUUAAACCAGAGUGUAUUGCAACAAUCGGAGAGUUCUCAACAUCUGGGGUUCUCAGGUUCCCUCACUGACAUGAUACACAAUGGUUGAAAUCACCAUGGAAAAGUAUGUUUUGUGUAUAUUUGCUUCAAGAACAUUGUGCUUUCUUGAAAGCAGCAACCAAUAGUUAAAAUGUCCCUAAUGUUUUGUUUAAUGAACAAAUAUGCUCUUGGUCAUAAAUUUGAAAGUUUAGAUCUGUCAUUUAAAAAUAAUGCAUAUUAUUACUCCUUUGGAAAAUAGAUUUUUAAUAGUUAAGAACAGUGAAAUUUACAAAUAAAAAUCUUGAUCACUAUCCUCUUUUGAGGACACAGAUCUAGUGCUCUUAACCUGUUACCACUGUAAUAUUAACUAAAUAAACAAAUGUAUUAUGU